GGGAUCUCGCUCACGUUGCUGCUGCAGACACCAGAGUGGAGCAACAGUCAGAAAACUAGUUUGGUGCUACACGAUCAUUCGUCUUCGCUGUCAUGGAGUCACUGAAAAGCAAUCACCGCUCCCUGUCAUUAAUAGGCGGUGUCUUCGUGUUGUGUGUUCAGCUGCAGUUGGGUCUGACGGGAGACUGCCCUGCAGAUGGACGCACCUGGGUGCCGUUUGGAGACCGAUGUUACCACUUCGUCCACGGAGAAGAAGACAAAAUUAAAAGCUACACUUUCGAGAGGGCAAAAACCCUCUGCCAAGGAUUUGAGCUUUUGACCAUCCAGAGCGCUGAGGAGAAUGACUGUGUCAUCAAAUAUAGCCCGGAGGUGUGGAAAAACAAUGUCAACAUUUGGCUGGGACUGUAUUAUGACACAAGCAGUGACAGCAUGAAGUGGUUCGGCGAGCAACCAGUGGGAUUCAGUAACUGGGAGGACAGCUCUGCUCCAGCAGACCUCGUGCCCUUGGAUACGUGUGUGGCUCUGCACACAAACACGGGAAAGUGGGAAAAUGUCAGCUGCCUGGAUCAGGCAGAGAAUGGAGUGGUCUGUGAGACAGACCAGAAGGCAGAGGAAGUCAAGCCGAAAUCGAGCGCACUGCUGUCCAGCCUGGUCAUUCUCAGCGUGGUGGCUAUCAUGGGAGUCUCAGCGGUUAUUUGGUUCCUGCACCAGAAACAAAAUCCUGGCUCCACUAUCCUCACAGCAUUUGAGUACCACCCUCCGUUCCGAGUUCUGGACACAGACCGCUCCUGCCUGGUGGAGGCGGAGGAGACUGACAGCGUGCCGUAGGAGAAUUCUAUCUCUCUUCCAGGAGGCACCAGGCCCUCCCCACUGGGUGGGUGUUCACGCAUAAUCCAAGUCCACGUCCACUUUAAAAGAACAGUUAGUGAAGUAGUUUGGGGUUAAUAACGUUAAUGUUAUGAAUAAUGUAGUGUGAUUGUAAGAAAGCUGACACGAGGCAAACUUUUAAUACUAGCGUCUCACUGUGGCACAUAAACCUCUCACUGCGUUUUUGUCAUCUGCACUAACAAAACAUCUGUACAUUUAUUUCAGAUUUGUGCAUCAGCAGCUUGGUCUACAUGUCAAGUGUAACAUCAUUAUUAUCAGGCAACUUUUGGGAUAAUUAUUUCUCUCUUGCAUAUUAAAAGUAACUUGCUUUUGCUCAUUGAAAAAGGGAGGGAUCAAAUAUAGAGCAAAGCUUUCAUUAAUGUUCAGUGAUUUAGUAUUGCAUUGCCACAAACUUGGGGACUAACAAGGGGGAGAUAUAAGAAUGUUCAAUUGAUGCAGCAAAGACUAAGACGACCUCAUGUUUAGUCCCUAGUAUGUAUCAAGCUCCCUAAAAUGCUGGGUUCUACAUUUCACAUAAUGCAACCAAUCUCAUGUUUGCGUUGGAGCCUGACUGCCUGGUAAUGUUCAUGUCUUUCAAACCAGUGGAGUGUCCCCUUUUUAAGCAGUAUUCAAAGAAACAGGAACGCCAAAUGACAGGCUAUUAGGGGCACAUCCAUGUAAAUAGCUCGAUCGCAACAUAAACCCAGCUGCAGUUUGAGACAUUGCCUCGUUUUUCCACCCAUGUAAAUGUUGCCCGUGAGGGAGGUUUGCACAACGCGUAACGCAGAAUAUUUUCCAGGUAAAUAUAUUGUUUUGAAAUGACCAGCCGCCCUGAACCAAUACUGCCAGAGAACGUUGUGGCUAUUUUCCUUGCGUUCUGUCCUGGGCUUUUUUUUUUUUUUUUUUUUAUUGUGACAAGGUGUGAGACCAACCGGAAUAUAGCCAGUAAAGCCAAGUUUAGUCAAAAAUCAUAACACUGAUGAAACUGUCCGCAUUCAUUCCAGGAUAGUUUCUAGGUGGUCAUGAAAAUGAUCUACAAUCACAGUUCUUCUGUCCUCUAUGUACUCUCUUUCUGUGUUUCCUUGCUGCCCCAUUAAAUCCAAUCUUGAUCUUGAUUUUGGUGUUGGAAAUAAUAGAUCCUUCUGUGACACUAAAGACAAUCAAUAUGUGGCUAUGUGAUGGGUAUACUGAAAAAUGAAGCCAAAAGACUUUCUUGUGUAAAAUACCCCUCUUAAUACUGUUGUACACUUUUAACAGCAUGCAUGCUUUUGUGCAAUAUUUGAGAUUAACUGUGCAGGAUCCGAGCCCCUGUGUGUUUUUCCUAAUAAAGUAUGUUUGACUAUAA